CCCUUGAUGAAGCCUCUGGAGUGGGCACCAGGUCAGGGCUGCCUGCAUUGGUCCAGUCAUCUGGGGCCUCCCCCAGGGUGAUCCUGCCCCCAGGUGACCGUGGGCUAUCAUCUGGGGACAUCUGUGGCUGUCACAACUCAGGGAGCUCCUGGAUGGAGUGGCGGAGACUGGAGAUGCUGCUCAGCACCCUGCAGUGCCCAGAAUGCCCCACAGAGCCCCUGGUGCCCUGCAGCGUGGCCAGGCAGGAUUCAGGUGAACAGCUUCCAGGCACCCGAGAGCCAGUCCCUGCUGACACUGCCCUCCCGACCUGUCUCCUGCUAUCUCCGGCUUCAAGGACAGUCACAGCUGGCAGCUGGCCAGACCUGCUCUGCUUCCCUCCUGGCGGCUCAGGGCACCCGGGUGCACGGUCCCAGCUGGCCUCCCGUUACAAGCACAGCUGUGAAUCAGCCGAGACGUUCAUUAGUCAGGGCGAGAGGACAGAGCAUCACAUUCCAGGAGGUGCUGAGCUCAGACCUUGCCAGCAGCUGACUCAGCUGUCGUCUGUCAUCUCCUCAGGCACCUUGACUGUGCUGCUGAAGUUCUGGUCACUGUCCUUGCUGUGUCACCAGUCAGCCCUUGACAUCAACCUAACCCUGGGAGUGACAGCCCACGGCACUCCCAGCUUCAGCCUGUGCACCCGGGCACCAUUUCCAGUGUGCAAGAAAAAAGGAAGGAGGAGAAUUAGACUUUUCUAUGGAAGAAGGGAAUCUGAAGAGGAAAAUAAGGUCUGCUGUUGGCUUUCCUGAUGGGCCUGAACUAACCAGGUGAAUGAGCCCUCCUGAAGUGAGAGACCGGGAGUGUGCGAAGACCAAUGUAAAGACCCAGCCAAGGCAGAUUUCCAACCCACAGAACUGUGAGCUGAUAAAUGAGUGUUUUAUAAGCUGCUCAGUUUGUAGUGCCUUGUUACACAGCAACAACUAGCUGAUAGGCAUAGGAUAGGAGGAGAAGGAGGAAGAGAGCCAUGCGUUUAUUAUACACAACUUUCCAUACAGCCACCUCUGAGAGGCAGGGACUGAGGCUAAGGCAGGAGGAUCCCAAGUUGAAGCCC